UUCUACCUUUGUGAAGCCUGACUUAAACCCUGGUUAAGUAUAAUCUUUCUGUUAAGAAGUCUUAUUUCCAAAAUUAACACAUUUUCUUAACGUUGCGAGAAAAAGUCUACCUCUCGGGCUUCCUGUGGUUGWUCUUUUGGUUAAAGGUCGGUAUGUACUCGUAAACUGGUCGGAUGGAUGAAAUCAUCACUCGUUCUUCACGAGCUCCUCACGUACAUACUUUCAAUGUCUUCGAAAACUUCUAUUCAUCGUAAAUAGGCUUCAAAUAUGUCCCAGAGCGUUCAAAGCAGUGAUGAAGAACUCAGAAUACCAAGUACUGUACUUUCUUCAGAACGCGAAGUCUUGAUUCAACGAGAUUYACCCAAACAUGGCGCCCCUGCCAAAGCCACCCACACCAUCUACGUUUAUCUACUCACCAUGUUCGCUGCGUUGGGUGGRUUUCUAUUUGGAUAUGACACAGGGGUAGUAUCAGGGGCGAUGUUGCCUCUAGCUAAAGAAUUCUCGCUAUCAGACUURUGGAAAGAGUUCGUGGUCAGUAUCACUAUUGCAGCAGCCAUUAUAGGAACCUUGGUAGGAGGAUUUCUCAACGAUAAGUUUGGACGUAAACCUGUUUUAUUGAUUUGUUCUGCUGUGUUUACUGCUGGUGCUUUAGUCAUGGGAGUAUCGAGAUCUAAAGAAGUACUUCUCCUAGGAAGAGGCAUCGUUGGUCUUGGGAUUGGAGGUGCAUCCAUGACAGUACCACUAUAUAUUGCCGAGUCCACACCAACGUCUAUCAGGGGUCAACUUAUCAYGAUGAAUAAUAUAUUUAUCACUGGUGGGCAGUUUAUCGCAUGUGUUAUUGAUGGACUUUUUAGUAAACAUCCAGAAGGGUGGAGGUACAUGUUAGGUCUGGCAGGARUACCAUCCAUUAUCAUGUUUUUUGGUUGUUUAGCUCUACCUGAAAGUCCACGCUGGCUGGUCAAAAAGAAAAAGAUGGACCAGGCUAGGCAAGUUGUAGAGAAGCUCUUUGGAAMACAUAAUGUUGAAGAAGAAAUACAAUCUGUUCUUAUGAUAUGCCAAGAAGAAGAGGAAAAUGAAAAAGCACAAGGAGAGGGUGUUUGCAUGCGUAUGUUGAUGGAUCCCAACACGAGAMGAGCUUUACUUGUUGGCUGUAUGCUUCAAGCUGUACAACAACUAAGUGGAAUUAACACAGUGAUGUAUUACAGUGCAACAAUAAUCUUUAUGUCUGGUAUUGGGACAGAGGACAUGGCCAUCUGGCUUGCAGCUGCCAUUGGAUUCGGAAACUUCAUUUUCACYGUUGUUGGAUUGCUUCUCGUUGAAAAAGUAGGACGCCGCAAGCUUCUUCUCGGCAGCCUUGCUGGUGUUAUAUUGAGUUUAUUUGUUAUUGGAGGUGCAUUUUAUCUUGCGGAGAUAAAUGAUACUCAAGUGACAUUYACUGAGGCAGGGCCAGCACAAUUUUCACAUUGUGUGAGUGUAAAGGAUUGCCUGGACUGUAUAGCAAAAGAGGACUGUGGAUUCUGUUACCAGGAGGACACAAGGGGUAACUUUAUGAAUGGCUCUUGUGUUUUUACAAAUGUAUCAGAUCAUAGCCCAUUAAAUGGAAGAUGCAGCAGCGAUAAAUCAAGUGCUAUCUGGACAUUUGGUUCAUGCCCUUCAAAAUAUGCUUGGCUAGCAGUGCUUGGUCUCAUUCUCUACAUCGCUACAUUUGCUCCAGGAAUUGGCCCAAUGCCGUGGACACUUAACUCAGAAAUUUUUCCUCUGUGGGCCAGAAGCAAGGGAAAUUCAUGUACAACAGCUGUGAAUUGGACUUGUAAUCUCAUUAUUGCAAUAUCUUUUCUCCAUCUCAUGAAAUUGAUAACUCGGCCAGGAGCAUUCUGGCUUUAUGGUUCUAUUGCUUUCGCUGGUUGGAUAUUCUUUUAUAUUUUUGUUCCAGAGACAAAGGGAAAAUCACUGGAAGAAUUAGAAACUAUAAUGAUUUCAUCUUCAAGAAAAUAAUUGCAGAAUAUACCAAAAGUAACACUUUUACUUUUGCCUCAAUAUAUAUUUUGAAAAAUUCCUUAUCAGCACAUUUUUAUAACAAAAUAAUUGUACUUUAUUAUUAAGGUAUGUUUUACAAGGAUUUUCACUGCAAACAAAAAAUAUUAUUGAUUGCUUUUAAUUGCUGUUAAAUUWCGUUUUUCUUUUAUAUACUGAGCUGCACCACUGCUGUAUAUAAGUAAGUGGAAGUGACUGGUGAUAGUCAGACUAAAGUUGUGAAUAAUGUACAGCAGAAAAUUGCUUGUAAAACAUCAAGCACAUCAUYUUACUUACUGAAAAAUACUGAAAUUUUGUAACAAAUGACAAUCACAUUCAUUCCACAGUUCAUUAUUUCUUUAAAAAACUUUAUAAACAUAUAUUCCAAAAACCAAGGGGUUUUGAAAAACUAUUUAAAAACAAUAAUAUGGGAACUGUAUAGUUACAACUAUGACAAAUACUUGAAAUUUUGGUUUACAAAUGGCCAAAAUGGGAGAUUUCUGACUCUUWCUUGGUGUUGCAAGGCACUUGAGCCAUGAAGACAAUAAAACAAUAGCUGAGAACGAUGAGAUUGGAGCAAAACAAUAUCCUGCAAUGUGUAGUUCCAGAAAUCAUCCAUACCCACCCCACAGAGGAAUUUGGAAUUUCCUAAGAGUAGGGGGGUCAGAGAAAGAACAAAAAUUACAKAGUUUGUAUGGAAGAAAAUUGGAAUUUUUGGGGGGUAGGGGGUGUCUUUAAAAAAUUCCUCCGUGAGGGGGGUAGGGAUAACUUUUGGAACUACACAAUACACAAAACAAAGGAACAGCAAACAGAAUACAAACCAUCUUGUAAUACCAAGAAAGACCCAAGGUAUACCAGGUUGGGAGUAAAAGGAAUAAUUAAAAUAAUGAUAUUUAGAUAAAAGCAAGGAUUGGAAAAUGGAAUUAAAUAUUUCUGUGGUGGAAUUAUUAAAAACAAUUUUUGUUUA